AUGACUCAAGGUUUUUCUGAGAUCACUGCAAUCUGCACCGGCCUGAUUGGACUGAUUGGUGCGUCUGCUACGACUGGCUCGCCAAUGCGGAAGGUCACAGUUUCCAGUGGAGAAAACAAAACUGACAUGGAGAGACGCUGGGGAUUGUGGAUGAACUGCUACAGUCAGGCAAACGUCAGGAUGCAGUGUAAGGUGUACGACUCCUUGUUGCAUUUGUCCCCUGAUCUGCAAGCUGGAAGAGGCCUAAUGUGCUGUUCAGUAGCCUUGUCAGGGUUAGGGCUAUUGUUCGCUCUAGCAGGAAUGAAAUGCAUUCCUUGGUUUCAGAAUAUCAAAUGGGUUAAAAAUACGAUCCUAAUGGUUGCUGGAGGAAUACAGUUCAUGGCCUGCAUCUGUAUUUUUAUACCUGUGUCAUGGACUGGUCAUGUCAUCUUAAGGGAUUUGUACAAUCCACCACUGACAGAUACCCAAAAAAGAGAAAUGGGAGGAGCCCCCUACAUCGGUUGGGUUACGGGAACUUUCCUCUUUGCCUUAGCCUUGCUUUUUACCUGCAAAUGUUUUCCCUCAGACAACAAACCAACUAUGACAAGCUAUCACCCCGUCUCAACCCUCAAGUCAACUAGGAAUUCUCACAACAGCAAAAUUUUAGAUGUACAAGAUCCUAUAUCACUGCACAAUGUUGCUCCAGAAGUGACAAACAGAGAAGCGUUGGUGAUCCAGUCAACAUCCGCUUUUCUUGUCUUUUUUUUAGAUUCAGAAGAUUAUGCACAAUUCCUUAGUGCAUCCUACCUGUUGACAACUGGAGAUCAGUACCACCCUUCCUAA